AUGUCUCAUUCACCCAGCCAGUCCCUCACCACCAACACCAGCGUGACCCCCCACCAACAAGCACCCAACAGCCUCCUCCCCAAAACCUACCCGCAAUUCAUCCUCUUCGGCGACAGCAUCACCCAAGGAGCCUCCCACAUCCUGCAAUCCUCGCUGGCAGCAUGGUACUCACGACGCCUGGACGUCAUCAAUCGGGGGUUCUCAGGAUACACCGCGCCGGCGGGGUAUUCGACCCUGGAGCAAUUCUUCCCACUGAUCCCACCGACGCCCAUCACGCCGCCGCCCCGCGUGCAGCUGAUGACCGUCUUCUUCGGCGCUAACGACGCCUGUGUCGCGGGCUCGCCGCAACACGUGCCGCUCGAGACGUAUAAAGCCGCCCUGCGCAACAUCGUCGCCUACCCGGGCCUCAAGCUGCACGCCACCCAGCCCAUCCUCGUCGUCCCACCCCCCGUCGACGAGUACCAGCUCGUCGGCCCCGACCGCAAUGCCGCCACCACGGCCGUCUACGCCGCGGCGUGUCGUGACGUUGCCGCCGAACUCAACGUUCCCGUCCUCGAUCUGUGGACCGUGUUUAUGACCAAGGCCGGUUGGACGCCCGAUGAUGCCGCGCAGGGGAGACCUCUCGUCGGCAGCAGAGACGCGCCCAGGAGUGAGGUGCUCGACGGCCUGUUGUCGGAUGGUUUGCAUUUCACGCCCGACGGCUAUCAGUUGGUUUUCGAGCAGUUGGUCGCCUUGCUUGUCGCCGAGUUACCCCACCUGACCCCCGAGAAUCUACCCAUGGUUUUUCCCGACUGGAAGUUUGUCCUGGGGGUGGAUGUUUAG